UAAAAUUCUCUUUGAUCAGUUCCUUGUCUUUUGCAGUAAAUCACACAAUUUUAAAUCUAGGUUUUCUCAUGUUUCAUAAAACCCUAGAUCUUCUUUACCUUUCUCUUUUUUAAAGUACUUGUUGAUUUGAAAGGCAAAGUGACUGGCUGGGGUGGGGGGAAUCUCCAUCUGCUGAUUCACUCCACAAAUGUCUGCAAUGGCCAAGCUAAAGCCAAUAGCCCAGAACUCUUUCUGGGUCUCCCAUAUAGGUGACAGGGGCCCAAGUGCCUGGGUCAUCAUGUGCUGUUCUCCCCCAGGGCAUUAGCAGGAAGCUGGAUAGCCAGCGAGGAAGCCAGCCAGUACUUUCAUAUGGGAAGCUGUCAUUGCAAGCAACAGCCCAGCCUACUGCACCACAGUGCCAGCCUCUCCUCCUUUCUCUUGUGGGCAAACUGUUUCUUGGAUUUCAUACAUCUCAUCUUUUCCCAAUCACGAGACAUUUGUUAGAGCCACUUUUUGUAAUGUCAGGGAAAAAAACUGAAUUGUAGCCUCUUAAAUAAGACUGACUUUUUUCUCAAUGUUGUUAAAUAAUUGUUAGUUUUCUUUCUUAAGACAUUUAUUUAUUUAUUUGAGAGGCAGGGUUACAGACAGAGGGAGGGAGAGUUUAUUUAUUUUAGAGACAGAGUUAUAGAAAGAAAGGUCUUCCAUCUGCUGGUUCACUCCCCAAAUGGCUGCAAUGGCUGGAGCUGGGCCGAUCCAAAGCCAGGAGCCAGGAGCUUCUUCCAGGUCUCCCACAUGAGUGCAGACUUCCACUGCUUUCCCAGGUCAUUAGAGGGAGCUGGAUUGAAAAUGAAGAAACUGGGACUCCAACCAGCACCCACAUGGGGUGCCGACAUAGCGGGGGCUUAACCUACUACACCACGGUGCUGGCCCCAAUUGUUAAUGUUUUCUAAACAAGGUAGAUUCAUGAAAGAUAUUUUUCACCUUUAAUACUUAGUUACUGAUUGUUUGUUUGUUUGUUUGUUUCAAAGGUAUUCAUUGGUUCUCUCCCCAAAUUUCCCCAGUAGUGAGAGCUAAAGUCUGAAGCCAGGAGCCAGGAACUCCAUCCAGUUAUCCUGUUUAGGUGGCAGGCACUCAAAUACUUAAUUCAUCCCAAACUGCCUCACAGGAUUCACAUUAGUUGGAAGCAGGAAUGGAAGUGGAGGCAGGACUCAAUCCCAGGCCAUCCAACAUGGAAUGUCUCAAUCUGCUGAACCACAAGUCUGCCUUCUCCAAGUUUCCUUUUUUUUAAAGAUAAACAUCAGUAAUACCUGGAGGAGGAAAUACUCAACAUUUGGUGUUCAAAAUACAUGAAUAAUAUUCCUAGAGCUGUCAUUCAGAUGGGCUAGUCACAACUUCUGAUUUUAAAUUAAAAUUGAAAAUUUUUAAUUAAAAAUUUAAGUAAAAAAACUUACCUUGGGGCUGGUUUUUGGUAUAACAUUUGAGAUGCUAUCCAGGAUGUUUGUUCCUGGCUUCAGCUUGGCCCAGCCCCAGCUUUUGUGUUGGGAAAUAAGUCAGCACAUGCUUCAAAUAAAUAAAAAUAAAUAAACUAUCUACCUUGUGCAAAUAGUUAAUUAAUUAACUUAUCUACCUCACACAAAUUCUGAAAAAAUAAUUUUAUGAAACUUAUUUUAAAUACUAAAGCAGUAUGGUGAACAAAUAUUUGUAAUCACCAUUGUUAUAAUUAUUGGAUUACUAAAUGGACACCUGGUGCUGUGUCCUGCUAUAUUUGCUCAUGCAUAUUAUAUACUUAAUAGUAUUUAGAAGUGAAAAUGAUGUAUAACAUGUUUUCAGUAGUGUCCAUUUUUAGGAAAUGUCUCUAAAAACAGACUUGAAUGAUAUAUUCAAGAAUGAAGGAUCAAUAGAAUUCAAAUAAAAGUUGAAAUGAUUUAUCCCUUUUAUAGAGUUAAAUUUUUUGUUUAUUUGGGGAGAGAGAGAGAGAGAGAGAGAGAGAUCUACUAUCUGCUCACUCUCCCAAUUCCCACAAUGGCCAGGAACAGGCCAGGCUAAAGUUGGAAGCCGGGAACUCUAUCCAGUUCUCCCACAUGGGUAGCAGGAACCUCACUACUUGAGCCAUUACCUACUGCCUCCUGGGUUAUGAAUUAGCAGAAAGCUGGAGUCUGGAGCAGAGCCAGGUGUCAACCCCAGGCACUGUGAUGUGGGAUCCAGGAGUCCCAAGUUGCAACCUGUAGUUCAACUACCUGCCCUUAAUUUGGCAUUGUCAACCCAAAGAAAAUAAAGUUUGUAUCAUAUAGGAACUCCUUAUUCAAAUAGUGAAGGGGAAGGGGUUAUCAUUUUUUAAGGAAUUAUUUAUCUGACAGAGAAAGAGGGAGAUCUCUCUUCCAUCUGAUGAUUCACUCCACAAGAGGCUGCAACAGCCAGAGGUAGGCCAGGCUGGAGCCAGAAGCCAAGAAUUCCAUCUUAAUCUCCCAAGUGAGUGGCAGGGACUCAAGUUCUUGAGCCUUCAUCUGCUGCUUCCAAGGUGCAUCAGCAGGGAGCUGGAUCUGCAGAAGAGCAGCCAGGUUUCAAACUGGCACUCCAGUAUGACCUGUGGGCAUCCCAAGCAGUGAUUUAACCUGCUGUGCCAAAUACCUCCCCCAGGGUUAUCAUUUAGAAGAAUGAUUUAUCUCAUUAAUUAUGCUCUAGAGGUACAAAUUAAAUUAUGAUUUGGUUGAGUAGAAAAGAGUGAAGUUUUAGUUAAUCAGUUAGGGACGGGGAGCUUUCAUCUUCUAGUGUUCACUCCCUGGCCUGGAACUUAAUCCAGGUCUCCCACGUGGGUGGCAGGAAUCCAAUUACUUGAGGCAUCAUUGAUGCCUUCCAUUGUCUACAUUAGCAGGAACCUGGUGUCUGAAGCUGGAGUUAGGAAUCAUACCCAGACAUGCCAAUGAGGUAGACAGGAAUCUUAACUGAUAGACUAAAUGCCUGUUUCAGAAAAGAGCAGUUUUUUGUUGUCAAAGUUGUUCUAAUAGGAAGUGCAUUCUAAGGAGGUAGGAGACCCUGUUAUUGGCACUCUUUCGAAGUAGGUUCAUGGCCUUAGAAUUUUUUUAAAAGAUUUUUAUUUAUUUGACAGGUAGAGUUACAGACAGUGAGAGAGAGAGAAGAGAGAGAGAGAGAUCUUCUUUCUGUUGGUUCACUCCCCAAAUGGCCGCUAUAUCUGGCGCUGUGCCGAUCUGAAGCCAGGAGCCAGGCACUUCCUCCUGGUCUCCUAUGCGGGUGCAGGGGCCCAAGGGUUUGGCCCAUCCUCCAACUGCCCUCCCAGGCCACAGCAGAGAGCUGGACUGGAAGAGGAGCAACUGGUGCCCAUAUGGGAUGCCAGCACCGCAGGCAGAGGAUUAGCCAAGUGAGCCACAGGCCAGGCCCAGCCUUAGAAUUAACGGAACACAGGGGUCAUGUGAUUUGAUGAGUUUUUAAAAUUACAGUCAGCAUUUCUUUUGCAAUCAAGUUUGAGUCCUUGACUUGAAAGUAGAGUGUUAGCCACUAGUGCAUUUAAAUUCGUUAUGCACAAGAGAGAAAAAAAUUUAAUUCAGGUAAUAUCUUGAAAAUGAGUGAGAACUUCUUUGUAGUCUUUGUCAGUCUUCAUAAAGAUAACAUUUAAUUGAUGUUUUUAAAAUAAGGUGAUAAGAGUAAUACUUGUCUUUUUUUUUCUAUUUAAUAAGUUGUCUGUUCAAGUGUACAGUUGGUUGGACUUGUUCCUUCAUCAGCCACUGGGCAUCUUCACCCUCGGUAUCUCUGGUGUGAAUUCCUUGAUUGUGAUUUGAAACCAGUUUGAUAAGUUCUUGAAGUCCAGGGAGGAGCAAAUCUUUAGUUUCUCAGACACCAUGGCUAGGGUUAUAACCUCCUUACAGAGUUUAUCAGAAGUGGCUUUGCCAAACAAAACUAGGUUGUUGAGCUUGUCUCAAAUUUAGACUUUAAGCUAAUUAUUUGGGGCUUCAACUCAGGCUUUUUCACGGGGUCUUAUUGGCCUUUGUUGGCUUUCCAGUGUCUCUCCUUUUUUCAUCCUUGGCUAACACUGCAAAGUUCAGAGAGCCUCAGUGGCCACCAGGACCCUAUUACAUUUUUCUCUAAUCCAAUGUUGUGAUAUUUGUACUUCAGCAAUUAUUGUAGAAUUACUUAUUUCAAGUUUCCAACCAUUUAUUCCUAACAAGAGAGUCCACCAAUCUACAUAUUCAAAUCUAAUUUGUUUGAACAUUUGUGAUAUAAUUCUUUGAUAAUUUUAAUCCAGAAUUUAGUAGUAAAUUACAAUUUUAAAGAACUUGAAUCUUUGGUAUUAGCCAUGUGAAUACAAUGGUUUCUUGUACAAAUAUGAUUGUUUGUUUUAUGCACUCAGACAGUAGGAAUGUUGUUUUACUGUAUCACCAAUUUUUGGUCAUUGAAGCCGCAUCUUAAACACUCAUUGUUAUAGGCAGUACUCACUGAGAUUCACGGACAGUAGGCUAUUUUAUUUUAUUCUCUUUUCUGAGUGACCUGUGGACUAUUUCAUUAAAAAAUUUUCACUAAUAGAAAAAACUAUUGGAUUCUACUCUCACGAAAGUAGUUCAUACAUGUGGACUGAUCAACUGUUUAACAUCCUGGCAAUUACAGAAUUUGCUAAGUUUUCAUUAAAUGAAACUCUCUGAUCUACCCACCAUACAGAUCAUUAACACUAAGAUAGUCUUCUGAGGUUUUAAGAAAAUACUGAAUUUUGACGCAUCAGAAAAAAACAUGUAAUAAGUUAUUGGGCUAUUUUAUCAUUUGCAUAAACCAUCCAUUUCUGGUCAAACUUCUGUCGAAGUGACAGUUGCCAAAGGGUAAGAAGCAACAUCUGAGAGAACCCUUGGAAAAUAUCUACAUCUUCACCUGGGAAUGAACUAAACUGAACUCCAAACAAGUGGCUCUUCAGUAGAAAAAUGUUCAUAAAGAAAUGGGAGAAAAGAAUUAAUUCAGUGCCUGGGAAAUGAAAUAGAAAUUUGACAGAAUUUUUAGAAAUGCAAGUCAAUAAAUGGAGGUUGGUAUUCUUCCCAACAAAAAUCAAUCAAUAAUAAUGUAGUCCCUCUGAAACUAUAAAAUUAUUUCUAUUUGAUAAUUCGAGUUUAUAUUUUAUUUUAUUAAGCAUAUCUUGGUUGUCUGGUAGAGAUUCAUACUUAGUUUUAUGUUGUGGAAUAACUUAGAUAAGUUGAAUACUAAAGAUAACGAAUUUACUUUCUAAAUAUUCAAAGAGGCUUCAAAAAGUUUGUAGGAAAAUGAGUUUUUAAAUAAUACAUAUAUAUUAUUCAGAGACACACGCAAUUUACCCUGUUAGCUGAAAUGGUUGGUUCUUCUCCAUGUGUGAUAAUGUGUGAGUCAGUACCCAAAAGAGAAGAAAGGAGACUUCGAGUUGCAAUGUGAAGCAGAAAUUUUUAAAAAUUAUCUAGAAUUAUCAAACACCCACCCAUGAACACAACUGAAAUAAUUCAGUGUCUUCAAGUGGAUUUUUAGACUGUAUCAGAAAUAUCUGGCGUGAAGAAAUCUAAGUAAACAAGGAAAUUUUGAAGAAUAAAACGGUCGUCCGCGCAAUCUAUUUUUCUUCAGCAUGGUGCAGUAACUUAGUAAGGACUCUGAGCGCCGCUGUUCACCAGUCGGGAAAAUGGAGCGAGCGAUCCCGCAGGGUCUCCGAGUUUCACAGCACAGAGAAAGCACAGAUUGAAACAAGCUCUCUUCCUAUCGGCACCAAACUCAAGCAAGCCUCUGCUUGCUGGAUUCUGGUUUCCUUUCCGGACGCAGAGGGGUCCACGCGGACACACCUGCGCUUAGAAGCACAUUCGGAGAAAGCUCGGUGUCCACGCGAGGUCAGCAGGACAAUGGCGGCGCGACAGAGCGGUGACUGCAGGGGAUUUGUCCUGCUCUCCUUUCUCCUGGGGACCUGGUGGGAAGCCUGGGCGGGACAGAUUGUCUACUCCGUGUCGGAAGAAACAGACAAAGGGUCUUUUGUGGGCAACAUCGCCAAGGACCUGGGGCUGGAACCGCGGGAGCUGGCGGAGCGCGGAGUCCGCAUCGUCUGGCGAGGUAGGGCGCCCCUUUUCGCUUUGAACGCGCGCAGCGGCGGCUUGGUCACCGCGGGCAGGAUAGACCGGGAGGAGCUCUGCGCUCAGAGCGCGCCGUGCCUGGUGAGCUUUAACGUCUUGAUGGAAGAGAAAAUGAAUCUCUACCCUAUAGAAGUGGAAAUCAUAGAUGUUAAUGACAACGCUCCUAGAUUCUUAACAGAAGAAAUAAACGUAAAAAUAAUGGAGAACACGGCUUCUGGGGUGCGGUUUCCGCUAAGCGAGGCUGCGGAUCCAGAUGUGGGCACCAACUCCCUGCAGAGAUACCAGCUCAGCCCCAAUCGCCACUUCUCCUUGGUUGUGCAAAGUGGAGAGGAUGGAAUCAAGUACCCAGAACUGGUGCUGGAGCAGGUGCUGGACCGGGAAGAAAAGGCCUUUCACCACCUGGUUCUCACUGCCUCUGACGGUGGGGACCCGCCCCUCUCCGGCACCGCCCACAUCCGGGUGACGGUGGUGGAUGUGAAUGAUCACAGCCCAGUCUUCUCUCUGCCUCAGUACCAAGUGACUGUUCCUGAGAACGUGCCGGCGGGCACGAGGCUCCUCACGAUAAAUGCUAUUGACCUGGAUGAGGGAGUCAAUGGGGAAGUGACAUAUUCUUUUCGGAAAAUAACUCCCAACCGCCUACAGCUAUUCCAUCUGAAUUCCCUGACGGGAGAGUUAUCCACUCUGGAAGGCCUGGAUUAUGAAGAAGCCAGCUUCUAUGAGAUGGAAGUUCAGGCUCAGGAUGGUCCUGGGAGCCUGGGAAAGGCCAAAGUCCUGGUCACAGUUUUAGAUGUGAAUGACAAUGCUCCAGAAGUGACUGUAACCUCUGUAAGCAGCUCAGUCCCUGAAGACACGCCUCUCGGCACAGUAAUCGCUCUUUUCUACCUGCAAGACAGAGAUUCCGGGGAAAAUGGGGAGGUGACCUGCACUAUUCCAGAAAACCUGCCUUUUAAAUUAGAAAAGUCCAUAGAUAAGUAUUACAGAUUGGUGACAGCGGAAAACCUGGAUCGGGAGAAGUUCUCAGUGUAUAAUGUUACCCUGAAAGCCACAGAUGGUGGAACCCCUCCACUGUCCACAGAAACUCACAUCUCCAUUCAUGUGGCCGACACCAAUGACAACCCACCCACCUUCCCCCAUUCCUCUUACUCCAUCUAUAUUCCUGAGAACAACCCCAGAGGCUCUUCCAUCUUCUCAGUGACCGCACAGGACCCGGACAGUGACCAGAACGCCCAGGUCACUUAUUCUCUGGCCGACGACAUCAUCCAGGGAGUGCCAGUGUCCUCCUACAUCUCCAUCAACUCGGACACUGGGGUCCUGUAUGCACUGCGUUCCUUUGACUAUGAGCAGUUUCAAAACCUGCAACUGAGAGUGAGUGCACGUGACAGUGGGGACCCACCUCUCAGCAGUAAUGUGUCACUGAAUCUAUUUGUUCUGGACCAGAAUGACAAUGCACCUGAGAUCCUGUACCCCACCCUCCCUAUUGAUGGAUCCACUGGCAUGGAGCUGGCACCACGUUCUGUAGAGCCUGGAUACCUGGUGACCAAGGUGGUGGCAGUGGACAGAGACUCGGGCCAGAACGCCUGGCUGUCCUACCGCCUGCUCAAGGCCAGCGAGCCGGGGCUGUUUGCCGUGGGGCUGCACACGGGCGAGGUGCGCACGGCGCGCGGCCUGCUGGACAGAGACGCGCUCAAGCAGAGCCUCGUGGUGGCCGUCCAGGACCACGGCCAGCCCCCGCUCUCGGCCACCGUCACGCUCACCGUGGCCGUGGCCGACAGCAUCCCCGACGUGCUGGCGGACCUGGGCAGCCUCAAGCCUUCCGCCAGUGCGGACGAGUCGGACCUCACGCUGUACCUGGUGGUGGCGGUGGCCGCGGUGUCCUGCGUCUUCCUGGCCUUCGUCAUCGUGCUGCUGGCGCUCAGGCUGCGGCGCUGGCACAGCUCUCGCCUGCUGCGGGCGUCGGGCUGUGGCGGGCUGGCGGGCGUGCCGGCCUCGCACUUUGUGGGCGUGGACGGGGUGCGGGCCUUCCUGCAGACCUAUUCCCACGAGGUCUCCCUUACUGCAGAUUCAAGGAAGAGCCAUAUUAUCUUCCCGCAGCCCAACUAUGCGGACACGCUCCUCAGCCAGGGGAGCUGUGGGAAAAGCGAGCCACUCUUAAUAGGUGAAGACUCAGCUACUAUUUUAGGCAAAUGUGAUCCGAUAAAUAAUCAGCAAGCCCCGCCCAACACGGACUGGCGCUUCUCUCAGGCCCAGCGACCCGGCACCAGCGGCUCCCAAAAUGGCGAUGAGACCGGCACCUGGCCCAACAACCAGUUUGACACCGAGAUGCUGCAAGCGAUGAUCCUGGCCUCGGCCAGCGAAGCUGCUGAUGGGAGCUCCACCCUGGGAGGAGGCGCCGGCACCAUGGGCUUGAGUGCCCGCUACGGACCCCAGUUCACCCUGCAGCACGUGCCUGACUACCGCCAGAACGUCUACAUCCCUGGCAGCAACGCCACGCUGACCAACGCGGCUGGCAAGCGCGAUGGCAAGGCCCCGGCGGGUGGCAACGGCAACAAGAAGAAGUCGGGCAAGAAGGAGAAGAAGUAAUGUGGAGGCCGGGCCGGCAGCCAACGGGGCGGCCUCCCCCACCCCCAGCCAGCCCAGCCUCCCCCUACCUGUAGCCAGGCCUCAGAAUUUCAGGGCUCACCCCCAGCAUACUGGUUGGGGCCAAGGCCAUGCUCCCCUUGGGAAACAGAAACAAGUGCCCAGUCAACAACCCCCCUCUGUGCCCCCAAGGGGUUGAAUAUGCAAAGGGAGUUCUGCUGGAACCCCCAUCCAAUCAAUCACAGUCCCGUGGGGGUAGUGGGGUUAGUGUAGAUACCAAGAACCAUUUGCCACACCCAGUUUAGUUACAGCUGAAAUCCAUCUUCAAAUCAAUCGGGCCCAUCCAUCCCCGCCUCCAGCAGUUCCCCUCCUGAAUAAGGUCACUGGGGUGUUGAGGUACCAGGUGACCUAAGCGUUGGGAAAGGCAUCAUGAGCUCACGGCCUCUCCUCCAACUCUGUCUCCCCCAAAGCAUGGUUUGGUGCCUCCCGGAGGCUGAGAGCCAGUGCCCAAGUUUUGGGGGACCUGGUCACCAUCCCCAUGGUACUGACGCAUGCUGGAUUUAGCGAGGGCAUUUUGCUGCCAAGCCUCUUCCCAAAGCCCUGGGGAGCAGUCUUUUGUUCUGUUUUUCACUGUUUGAUGUUCCAACUGCAUGCUGUGACUUCCUACACCCGCCUCCAACAAGAGACUCCAUUGCAUGCUCCGAGGCAGUACGGGGUGGGAAGGUAAGGAAGGGGAGUGUGUGUACAUGGAUGGGGGGAUGGACAGAGCUCAACCCGUCGACCAGCCGGGUGUGUAGGAGGCUCUGUAUGUCCCCAGGGUACUUCCAAGAUCCCCAGAUUCCAGCCCUGACCAAGCACCGGGCUGGACCCUCCCCUCCCACAGAAGGCUCAGCCCAGGGAGCCACAUUUGGGCUGAGUUAGCAGGACCAAGGGAUUUAAACUGGCAUUUCAGUCCAAGGAAGCUCUGAGUAGGUUUAGGACCAGGUCCCCAGGAAUCACAGGGACCUCUGUGGGUGCUGGGUACUCCACAGGUGCCACUGUGGAAGGGGGCUGUGCAGCCCCAGCCGGGAGGGCCAGCCAGGCCAUUCUUGGUCCCUGGGUUGGAGAGACAAGGAGCUAGAACAGGGACCAAGUGGACCGCAAGUCUCAGCCCAGGAUGGGGCUGCCCCUCUGGGCUCCUUGACUCCUCAAACCACAGUCUUUCACCUUGCCAGGUGCCAUCUCUUCUCUGUCAAGGCCACUGCCCGGGCCCCCAGUUCGCCCCCUAGUGGCCAGAGCCUGGUUAAAGUCCCCCAGUGCCUCCUUGUGCAUAGGCCCUCCUCUGCCCACCCCCUUCUGCCCCCCGGGGGUCCCGUGCGAAUAGCGGGGCUUCGAGGAGAGACCCCCAUCCCCAUCCCAGCCCUUACAGUAGAGUAGUGCCCCCUCCCUCCCUGGCUGGUGUAGAAUAGCCAAUAGUAUAGUGCGGUGUGCUUUUGCGUGACGGCGAGCGGGCAGCGGGCAGCGGGCUCCGCGCGGCCGUCUGUCCUUGAACCUGCCCGCGGCGGCCCGUGCUGUGUUUUGUGCUGUGUCCGCGUGCUGCGGCGGCCCCUACCCCAUACUGACGCCUUCUAUAAGCGCUUCUCUCCGCAUAGUCACGUAGCUCCCACGCCCUUCCUGUAUCUCACGCAAGUUUUAUACUCUAAUAUUUAUAUGGCUUUUUUUCUUCGAAAAAUAAUAAAAAGGUUUCUUCUGAAA